GUUAAACUUCCACCAUGAAUACUAGAAAAAUUUCUGAUGACAUGCAAAAUGCUUCCCGGUAAUAGUCUAGAUUGUUGGAAAUAUUUGUAGGCCUAGCAGCAUAAAAGGAACAUGCGAUCAUAUCAGCUGCCCUACACCACGGGCGUGACCUUUGUCUCGAUAUCGAGGUUCCACGCAGCAUGCACAUUACGCAUGAUCAGUGCAGUGCAUGCGAUCAGUGCCCUGGAAGAUUUGUACCACGACGCAACAGCACCAUCCGAAACACACACUGCCCUUCUUCACCGUCAAACUUGAUCGUCGCUUAAAACUGUAAAAUGGCUGAACCACUGCGUGUGCUUGUAACUGGUGCUGCAGGACAGAUUGCCUAUUCUCUCCUCUACUCCAUUGGCAAGGGAGAUGUCUUUGGACCCAAACAGUCUUUGGUCCUAAUCCUGUUGGAUAUCCCUCCAAUGAUGGGAGUCUUAGAUGGUGUUCUCAUGGAACUCCAAGAUUGCUCUCUUCCUCUUGUCAGCAGUAUUGUUGCCACUGCUGAUCCCAAGGUGGCAUUUACUGGUGUUGAUUUUGCUAUCCUUGUUGGAGCCAUGCCUCGUAGGGAGGGUAUGGAAAGAGCUGAUCUUCUCAAGGCCAAUGUCAAGAUCUUUGAAUCCCAGGGUCAAGCCAUCAAUUCAUACGCAAAGAAAACAGUCAAGGUACUAGUUGUUGGUAACCCAGCCAACACCAACUGUUUGGUCUGCAUGAAGAAUGCUCCUUCCAUACCCAAGGAGAACUUUACUUGUAUGACCAGACUGGAUCAAAACAGGGCCCAGGCUCAGAUUGCUAAUCGCUUGUCGGUGUCUUGCGAUGCUGUUCAGAAUGUAAUCAUCUGGGGUAAUCACUCCAGCACUCAAUUCCCUGAUGCUGCUCAUGCUUCAGUGGACAUCAACGGCAAGAAGGAGAAUGUUGUUGCAGCAGUCAAGAAUGAUGAUUGGCUCAAUGGAGAAUUCAUCAAGACUGUUCAAGUUCGUGGAGCUAGCGUCAUCAAGGCAAGGAAGCUGUCUAGUGCCAUGUCUGCUGCCAAGGCUAUUUGUGAUCACAUGAAGGAUUGGUGGUUUGGGACCCCUGAGGGUUCUUGGGUGUCCAUGGGAGUAUACAACAACGGAAGCUAUUACGGUAUUCCAGCGGAUCUCAUCUACAGUCUACCAGUCACCAUCGGGAAAGGAGGAGAAUGGUCCGUAGUCCCUGGUCUCACCAUCACUGACUUCGCUCGGGAGAAGAUGGACCUCACUGCCAAGGAGCUUGUUGAUGAGCGGGACACUGCCAACCAGUUUGUUCAACCACAAUGACAGACUGCUCGUGGAAUGAGUACAGAUGAGACAAAGUCUCGUCUGUGAGACAAGGUCUUGUCUACUCGUAUGGAGAAAAUAAAUGAAACAGAAAUAUUUUAGAAUACACAAUAUGAUUGUAAUGUCACAGUUUUUGUUGAAUAUAUUGGUGUGAAUUAUGUGAGUUCCCAUUGUCUCAUAUUAAGUGUAUUGGAAUUGCCUAGUAAGACCCCAUUUCAUCCUUAUUCAAAGACAGAGUGUAUGGGUCCUCUGAAGUAACCAAGAGUUUAUAUUUUGCUGUGUGAAAAUACAAAGGACUGCUUACAACUAAUGUUUGAAAUGGACCCAUCUUUGGUAACUUGUAACAAGAACUAUGUGUGAAUAGUGUGCAGUUGAAUAAUCCUCAGUGUAGAGGUACAGACUGAAUGAUAUUCUGUUAUUGUGUGAAUAUGCUUCUCAUGCCUUUCAUCCCCUUUCAUUAUGAGACUUUUUAUGAGGUUGUAUCAAUUCAUCUUUUCUACUAAAACUCAUGUUAUCCCAACUGAAUCAUUCUUCGUUAAAUUGAAUUGAUUAAUUUGUUUACUCUCCUUUAGUACUCUUUCCACGGCCUCGUACUUAGACACCCUUAAAAAUAUGAUUCUUUCUUAGGACAAGUUUCCCAAUGGAACAUUCUUUUCAUGAGUAUACAUGAUAUGUGAUUUAUUUCUCUGUGUCUUUGCAUUGUAUUUUCAUACGAAGGAUCAAUAUCUGUCAUUAAUUUUUGAACAAUAGAUGUGACCCUAAUCAGUAUUCUGAAAAUUGCUGAAAUAAAAGAGUUUUGAGUUGUACUUGAUAUAAAUUAUUUUUGAUUUGUUAAAGUUUAUCUUUAAUUCACCCGUUAGAAAUUAUAAAUAUGCUACAUGCUAGAUUUUAUAUAUAAUUACAUGAUGCAUGUUAUUCAAAGAUUCGAGGUGUUAAACUUAUCCUUGACCAAAUAUAGUGCUUCCAAGAAGCGUUGAUAAUAUUGCAACAAAGUUGCAAUAUGUACUGAUAGAAGAAACAUGAGAAAGUGCCAUUCCUUACAAUUAACAGGUACCCCAUUACUAUGUGUUGUCUGCCUGGUUCAUGAUUUGAACAUGACACACGUACUACAUGUACUAUCACCUGAUGUUACAAGUCAUCUUGUUUGAUGUGAAACAGUAUCCAAGCAAUAAAGUUACCAAACCAACAGACCUGUA